AUGCCGCUCCCCUUUCGGGACAACUCUUCCUCCGGCAGGAAAUCCUCCCAGCAACAACGCUACACCCCCCUACAUGAAUCUAUCCCCGAAGAGGUCCAAGAUGACCGCCGCUACUCCGAAACCUUUACCCUCUCCGACCUCUCCGAUCCAGACCUCGAUGAGGACUCCCGCAUAAAGCUCCGCCGCGUUGACAACGCCAAGAGGUCCAAUGAGGCCUCCGCCUACGCUAACCGCCGCUCCACCGAUGUCGAAGCAUACCUGGAUAGCAUUACCGAGGCGGAACAAGAGCUACUGGCAGCGGCGAGACAGUACGAGCUCACUGAUGACAGCGACGAUGGAGAUUACACCGUGAAGAAGAAGGGACAUCACCGGAGAACUUCCUCUUUCCGGAGACAUACUCCCCGCACCGGAUGGCGGGCAUACUAUUAUUCUCGAUGGUUGUGGCGGACGCUGGUCGUUAUUUUCGUCGCACUGGGUAUGAUGGUCUGGGCAUUCUUGAAUUUGGCUUGGUCGGAAGAUGAGUUUGAACGGGAUAUGACGCCGGCGGAGUCUUGGUUUCCUACCCCCAAGGGAGGCGCGCUCGAAGAAUGGGCGGAGGAUUAUAGGAAGGCGGAGGCACUAGUCAGCCAGAUGACCCUCAUCGAGAAGAUCAACAUCACUACUGGUAUUGGAUGGCAAAUGGGGCUUUGCGUCGGGAAUACAGGCUCCGCCGAUUUGGUCAAGUUCCCCUCGCUGUGUCUACAGGACGGCCCCCUCGGAUUGCGUUACGCCGACCUCAUCUCUGCCUUCCCCGCCGGUAUUACAACAGGAGCGACCUGGAACCGAGAUCUUAUCAGACAGCGUGGUGCGGCUCUGGGAGAGGAGGCUCGCAUUAAGGGCGUCAACGUGUUGCUGGGCCCGUCGAUGGGCUCCCUCGGUAUGAUGCCAGCGGGCGGUCGCAAUUGGGAGUCGUUUGGCUCAGACCCUGUGCUGCAGGGUGUCGCCGCGGCGGAGACCAUUCGCGGCAUCCAGAGCAACGGCGUCAUGGCCACGGCCAAACAUUACAUUUUGAACGAGCAAGAACAUUUCCGACAGGCGAAUGAGUGGGGCAUCCCCACAGCUAUGUCGUCCAACGUCGGCGACCGUGCUUUGCACGAGGUGUUUGCCUGGCCGUUUGCCGAGAGUAUCCGGGCUGAUGUGGCCAGCGUCAUGUGUGCGUACCAGAUGGUGAACAACAGCCAUGCUUGUGAGAACAGCAAGCUGCUGAACGGUAUUCUGAAGGACGAGAUGGGCUUCCAGGGAUUCGUGCAGUCGGACUGGUUGGCCCAGCGGUCAGGUAUCAACAGCGCCCUAGGGGGUCUGGACAUGAGUAUGCCAGGUGAUGGUCUCCACUGGGCGGACGGAAGGUCCUUGUGGGGACCAGAGUUGACCUGCGCCGUGUUGAACACCUCUGUCCCGAUGGACCGGUUGAACGACAUGGUGACCCGCAUUGUGGCCUCCUGGUACCAUCUUGGCCAGGACUUAUGGCCUCGGCCUGCUCCGGACGGUGAUGGCGGGCCUACCUUUUCCUCGUGGACCAACGAUGAGGUCGGAUGGCUGCACCAAGGGUCUCCGGAUGACGAGGCCUACGGUGUCGUGAACCGGUUCAUUAAUGCUCAGGGCGAAGGCGAGAAUGCACACUCCAUCAUUGCUCGCAAGGUGGCGGCCGAAGGCAUCGUGAUGGUGAAGAAUGACCAGAAUACACUGCCCUUGUCCCGCCGGCCAGUGAGCCCAUCCGGUGGUCCCUAUCGGGUGGGCGUGUAUGGCGACGACGCCGGACCGGCUGGAGGACCCAACGCCUGCCCAGACCGGGGCUGCAACCAGGGUACUCUGGCCAUGGGCUGGGGUAGUGGAACGGUAGAGUUCCCCUACCUGAUCAGUCCUAUCGACGCUCUGAAUACCGCCUGGGCCACCGAGAUCGACAUGCACUCGUACAUGCGGAAUGCCGUGAUGCCCGCCGAUGCUGCCGACCGAGAUCUAUGUCUGGUGUUUGCGAACGCCGACUCCGGCGAGGGAUACAUCUCUUCGGGCGGCAUUAACGGCGACCGCAGCAACCUUUUCCUACAGAAGGGCGGCGAUUCGCUGAUCAAGACGGUAGCCAACAACUGUGGCGGGCCGACCGUGGUGGUGGUGCACGCCGUGGGCCCGGUAGUCGUCGAGUCGUGGAUUGACCUUCCAGGGGUCGCCGCAGUUCUGUUCGCGCAUCUGCCCGGACAGGAAAGUGGCAACGCUCUGGUGGACGUGCUGUUCGGAGAGGUCGAUGCCAGCGGCCGGCUGCCAUACACAGUGGGUAAGAGGCUUGCCGACUACGGGCCGGGAGCGCAAGUGCUGUACGAGCCUAAUGCACCGGUCCCCCAGGUCGACUUUACAGAUGGACUGUACAUUGACCACCGUUAUUUCGACCGCCACAAUAUUACUCCACGGUUCGAGUUUGGUUUUGGCCUGUCUUACGCUACGUUCGAGUUGGCCGAACUGCAGGUGAACGCCUUGCAGUCGAAGUCGCGGCUGCCUGCGUCGAGGCCUCCAGCCAUGAUUUCUCCCCCAGAGUACGAUCUUGAGCCGCCACGCAACGAAUCAUUCUUCUUCCCACCAGGAUUCAACGUCGUUAGCAAAUUUAUCUAUCCCUACCUGCCAUCUCUAGAUGGUACUGAUCCCGCAAACUACACACACUACCCGAUUGGCUACGACAAGCCGCGGACACCGUCACAAGCCGGCGGUGGCUUGGGCGGCAACCCGUCUCUGUUCGAGGAGAUGGCGAAUGUGGAAGUGCAGGUCCGCAACACGGGACCCCGGUCUGGUCAGACCGUAGUGCAGAUGUAUGUCUCCUUCCCAGAGGAGGUGACCGAGGAGGGCGACUGGGUGGAGGUGCACGAUCGGAGCUCUAGCAAGACAAAGAUCGAGCGGGUGCCGGAGAAGAUCGACUUUCCGGUGCGCGUGCUGCGGAACUUUACCAAGGUGGCCCUGGAGCCAGGUGAAGCGCAGACGGUGUCGAUGAGUCUCAGCCGAAAGGAUCUGAGCUAUUGGAGUGUGCGGCAGCAGAAUUGGGUGAUGCCGGAUGGAGAUUUUGAGAUUUGGGUAGGGCAGAGUUCGAGAGAUCUCCCGUUGCGAGGAUACUAUUAG